GAGCUUUGGUCCUACGAAAUCCACGGUCCAACGGCUCAGAGACUGCGCUGAUCCACAUGGGCCCACCUGAUCAGUGCGAUUAUCGGCUUACUGCCGGUGCUCCGCCUUUCGUCUUCCACCACCGGCCUGCGAUCUGGGGACUCAUUAUGUUGCUCCAUUGGUUGGUAAUCGCACUCGCCCAGGGUGUCUGGGCCAAUCUUCAGGACGAGCGGUGUUCUACUCGGCAUACAACUACAUAUCAUUUGCUGGCCAUCCCACAAAAGGGAAAAGACAUCUGGGAAUCGCAAUGCCGGAAUCCGCUCAAAGUCGCAUCGAUAUACGCCGCAUCCGAGAUAUAUUGCAAUGAGCAGGAACGAGCGAUAGGCCUGACCCAGCUGGCUAACCAAUGCCAAAAAGUCGGGAACCUAGAGCUGUUGUCGAGAGAUGCCGUCGCCGAAAAUCUGACAGAGGAUGCGAUAAGGCAUAUGAAAACGGUCGACUAUCAAGAGUUGUCCCGAGGCGAACCAGCGGAUGCGCCUGUCCUUCUUUCUGCGUCUUACUUUGACCUAAUGUUCAACACGCUUGUGAGACCCUUUGGAUAUUCUUGGAAUAUAACAGUCCUAAAGCUUAUCGACGUCCUAGGAAUCUUGGGAAUUUGA